AUGGAAGAGCCCAAGAAGAACCCAAGAGCCAUGGCUGGCAUCCGGCUGUUCCACGGCUCAACCUCGGACUCCUGGAUUUUAUUAUCCUCGACCCUUCAGACUGGCGAAUGUCGAAAGGCCAGCAAGAUCCUUCUCUCUUUUAUCGACCCUUCGGAGUCGUUUGGGCCUGAGAAGGUCAUUCCACCGGAGAUUUUAGGUCAUGCAAAGGGUCUGGCUAUCCUUACGGUGGUAAAGGCCGGGUUUGUAGGCUCGGCUCGAUUUGGAUCUGGUGUCGUCGUUGCCCGGCUUGGAGAUGGGUCGUGGUCUGCCCCGUCUGCCAUCACAACCGCAGGAGCUGGUUUUGGUGGUCAGCUCGGUUUCGAAUUCACCGAUUUCGUUUUUAUACUCAACGAUUCAGCGGCCGUCCGAACGUUCAGCCAGGCCGGCUCGAUAACCCUGGGCGGAAAUGUCUCUGUCGCCGCUGGGCCUGUGGGACGGAAUGCUGAAGCUGCAGGUGCGGCGAGCAUGAAGGGCGUGGCGGGUGUAUUUUCAUAUUCCAAGACCAAGGGCCUGUUUGCCGGUGUGAGUCUGGAGGGCAGCGUGCUUAUCGAGCGCAAGGAAGCGAACGCGAGAAUGUACAAUUCGAACAUAUCUGCCAGUCAGCUGUUGAACGGUGCGGUGCCGCCGCCGCCCGGCGCGGAGCCGCUGAUGGCGGUGCUUAGGUCCAGGGCGUUUUCGGGCCGCUAUGGCACUGCGUAUGCAGAGGGGAUGUACAACGAUGUCCCUGUCUAUGACGACAGGCAUGCUGCUGUCGGUAAUAUGGGGUUCGGGGCCAGCAGGAACAGAUCCGCCUCAAUCAACGACUAUCAGUAUAGCGAUAGACCGCACCGACACAGCACAUGGCAGGACAACCCCAACGAUAGACAGUACAACGCUGGUCUGAAUCGAUCCAACACUGUUGCCGGCCGCGCUAACCCGCAUGAGACAUUUGACAGCUUCGGUCAGCGAGGAGGCUUCGACAGCCGCCCUGCCCGUCCAACCGCCCCCAAACCGGUAUUCGGCCAGAAGCCACAGCUGGGCAAGGACCAGGCCGUGGCCCUCUUCACCUUCAACGCAGACCAGGAAGGCGAUCUGGGCUUCAAGAAGGGCGAUAUCAUCACGAUCGUGAAGCGUACGGAGAAGCAGGAUGACUGGUGGACCGGCAAGAUUGGAAGCAGAGUCGGCAUUUUCCCGAGCAACUACGUCGAAGCUGGGAAGUGA